GAUACUGUGACAUUUUCGCCGAUAUGGGAACCACCAGAAGCUACUUCCUCACCCUCCUACUUUACAUCAUCCUCAACGAGGUUCAUCUUCCUCUGGUGAAAUGCCAAGCGGGGGAAAGCGCUCAGUGUAUACCAAAAGGAGUCUUCCUGGCCCUGUUACGUCUACCGGAAGUCAGUUCGAAUUUAUCUCUGUAUUCGAAGGCAAGGAUGAUUCAGGACGCGAAGAAUCGCAACGACCUCGAACUCUUAGAGACCUUAACCGCAGAGAAUUACGACGACACGGAAAUUUGCAUACCCGAUGGAGUUUACUUGGAUCUGUUCAGAGAUCCAGCUAUGCGCGGCCAUCUUGACGUCGUUGAAAGAACGCAAAAUCCAUCUGAUUCGUCGAUGCGUCAGCUAGGUUACAGCGACGAUAUCGACAAUGGCAAAAGGAGCAUCGCGAUGCUGGCCAAAAAUGACGAUCUACCUAUCAGUGUUCAGGAUCGUCUUGCUGAAAAUCAAGACGACGAAGAUAAGAGGACCGUUGUUUCGAGUGAACAAUCUGGACAGAGCGCAUUGACAGUUCCACGGGAAUAUUUGCUGCCGAACGAGGAGCUAGAUAUGGACGCGUUGGCGUCAGAUUUGCUAAUGGAGAAGCGGAACGUUGGUACCCUGGCCAGAGAUUUCGCGCUGCCGCCGGGCAGACGAAAUAUCGCGUCGGUGAUGCGCGAUUACGAACUCCAGACCAAGGGGAACAACAUUAAUGGUCGCGCGUUACCUUUCGCUGGAAAAAGAAACAUCGGUUCUCUGGCCAGAGGUUACAAUCUCCCUCAAAAUGGCAAGAGGAAUAUCGCCUCCAUAGUCAGAGAUUACGGGCUACCCAAUGGUAAACGAUACGUUGGCUCUUUGGCCAAGGCAGACAGUUUUCCGUUGCCGCAACAAGGCAAAAGGAACGUCGCCUCUUUGAGCAAAAACAUGGCCUGGCCUACUUUCUUCAAGAGAGGAGUCAGCAUCCCCGGGGCCAUGCUUAUGAAAAUUCUUUCUCGUCAUCAGCAGAAUAACGCUCAAAUUGAUUACAACGACAGGAGGCCCAAAAGGCAAAUCAGUUUCUCCGACGAGUACCCGUUACCAGUAAUCCAGAAUACCAAUGCUUUCGAUUACGAAGAAACGAUGGAUGCUCUUACCGAUCAGUACUUAAACGCUGAGAAGAGGUUCAUGGAAACAGGUCCCAUAGAAGAGACGCAGCCGGAGAUAGACGAGAUCGGCUACACAAAAACAUAUCAAGCAAGUAAAAGACACAUCGGGGCUUUGGCGCGUCUUGGUUGGCUUCCAUCUUUAAGCGCAUCGCGAUUUUCGCGAUCACCUCGAUAUCUGGUUGACAGGGAGAAUCCCACAGAUGGGUCCUCGUCCAACUACGCCAUCAACUCGCCGACAAGGUCGUUAAGGCGAAACUUUAAGUUGAGAGUACCCCACAUUCAAGCCUUGCACGGAGAUUGUUGACACGGUUUCAGAAGAUUCAUCUUAUUACCGGCAACCGAUAAUUUCCUUCGUCGAAAACUUCUCAGCCCCAUAGAUGUCGAUUACGAAUGAAUAGAUGCUAUUCAUCGCAUAACAAAUUAAUAAGUUAACUUGUAUGCUUGUUUCGUAAAAUUAA